AUGGGCUGUCCCAUGCCAGUCGAGCUACGACCAGAAGAGCUGCGAUUGGCUGCUCGCCAAGUGUUGCUCGGCUCGGCGAGCAACUGCACCCCGCACGACUUUGUCCACGAGCUCGAGGAUCGCCACGGCGUUUACUUGUUUUUCGAAGCGUUCCCCUUCGAACACGCCAUUCUUGCACAGGUUUUCUUCCUCCCAUCCAGCCGUAGCUGUUCGGCUCGAGCUUUCCUGAAAGAGAGAAAACUUUUAUGGGUAACCGCCGAGAAAAGAAGAAAAUCGCGAUAGCUGGCGGUACAUUGACGCCAGUUAUUAGUGUUUUCUCAAUUUCAAUAAAAAUGUUCCCAAAAAGGUCGGCCUAUUUUCUUUUCGUUUUUGAUGGUUUUCCCUUUUAAUUUUGAGGUAUUUUUUUUCGAAAAUAUUAAAAUAAACGACUUCUAGGAUCUAUAUCUGGGAGUAUUCUAACAAGCUUUUCACGGAAAACCCAAUCGCAUAGAAAAAAAUGACCUUCCUUGUGAGUUGCCAAUGCUUCAAUUAUGAAGGAAAAAAACUUAUAAAACUCUAAAAUAUUGAAAGCAAUUCGCUUUUUUGUUGCUAUUUUUCAACUAUGAAAAGCUUUAGAUAGGAGAUUAGGAUGAAUUAAGAGCUUCCGUUUAUCCUCGCUUUCAUUUCUUGUUUUUUUUGGAUAGAAAAGCUUAUGAAUCUGUUCAACGAAUAUGAGUUUUUGAAGUUUUCGCAGUACCCCCUACUUUCAAAUUCAAAAAAAAAGUAGGAAGUUCAUAGCUAGUUUCCGAUAAAAUAAAUUUAUACUAUCGACCGAAUCGAAGCGUGAGAACAGGUGAAAACGGCAUAGACAAGAAAAAUUUGGUUAUCUUUAUAAAUUAAUAAAUUAAUUCUUCAGGUUUUCUACUGUACACUGUUCUCCCUGACGAUUUUGUUCGCGUUACUAGGGAACUUCACCGUUAUGUGGUAGGUUUAUUCUCACUAACACUUUUCUGGAUCGGAAUUUCGGGAAAGUUUGAGAUCGCUGUAGGAAAACGGUUGUACUUAAAGAAUCAAACCGAAAAAUUUGGGAGAAUUUGGAACCUUUCUCUCCAGUUUCACAUAUUAUUUAUUAUUAUUAGUUGGUUCUACCUGUUUUCGUGAUUACCCCAUUGCUGGUUUCUCUUCAAUUUUCGCCGAGAAUCGGGGUAUCCUAAACGUAUUAUGGCGCGUCUGUGAGACGAGAUUUCGCCGGAGGCUACAUGCGUUGAAAGGAUCGAAACAAGCCGCAAUGAGCUGCGGGCAAUUCUGUCGCAUAAUGAAAUGAAAAAUAUGAAGAAGGAUAUUUUUUCUGGUUUUUUUCUUCAGAACAGUGAUACUUUCUAAGAGGAAACAACGAAAAAUUCAAAUUUUUGAAUAAAAUUUGUGUCAAAAAAAAAGAUCUGAUGUUAGGCAAAGCAGUGAGUGAGGUUUGGAACCGGCGUGUCUUUUUGUACAGUUACUAUUCUCGAAAAGUUUUUUUUUCAAAAACUUAAAUCUGAGAAAAAAACAACGCUAACAUAACGCGAAAAUAAUAAUUUUUUCGCUGAUCGUCGAAAAAAAAAAAACAAUCUUACGGCUCCCAUUUAAGUUUCGGAAGUAAACAGAAAUAAUGCAAUCGACAUAAAUUUUCUUGUCGUUACGAUUGCGUUGAUUGGUCUGCGAGCUUUUUUUCACCGAGAAAUUCUCAAUGAUUCACUGAAAAACCCUAAUAGCUGAAAGAAAAAAACUUAUUGUAGGAUUAUUCUGCGACAUAGGCAGAUGCGCAGUGUUACCAAUUACUAUUUGCUGAACUUGGCCAUUGCGGACGCUUCAAUUUCUGUCUUCAAUACUGGCUUUUCUUGGUCUUACAACUUCUACUAUGUGUGGAUGUAAGUUUUUUUUUUCCAAUUUGAAAAAACUAAGUUAUCAAAAUCGACACACAAGUUUCAAUAGCUUUCUACAGAGGGGAGGAAGAAAUUUUUGCUGGGAAAAUUUUCCGUGGCCACAUUUUGAGGUCCUGGAGGCCACUAUAGUAGUCGGUUUAGUGGCCACUUGAGUGGCUAAAAUUUAAUGGCCUCUGAGUUGCACAACUGGAUCACAAACUACUAUAAUGGCGACUAAGGCGCAAUAUAGUGGCUUCUACAGAUGUGAUCUUAGUGGCCACUUUAGUGUUCUCUCCGAGUAGUCCUUCAGAAACCACUAAAGUAAUCACUAGAGUUUUACGCAGUUUUUGAAAAAAAAAAGGGAGAAAGUUCAAGCAGCAGAGAAGAAUACUGGAAACUACUGUCGUACAAAUUUCCUUUUGAUUAGAUUCGGGAACUUCUACUGUCGAGUGAAUAAUUUGAUGGGUAUUACGCCGAUCUGCGCCAGCGUCUUCACUAUGAUUGUCAUGAGCAUCGACAGGUACGUCAACCUUUUAAAGAACGUUCCUGCUACCAUAAAUCCCAUCUCAAAAACAAAGAGCAUGAUAUCAGGCUAGGGUCCACGAAGAAUAGCCAGGAGGGGAACAAAAUAUUCAGAAUUUUUCUCAUUCCUUCUCUUCAAAACUGUCAAAAAAAAGUAUCCAUCGUAUGAAAACAAAUUGCUCAUCACUCUUUCUUCUGAUUCCUUCUACUUCUGAUAAGAGAAGAGAUUGUUCGAGAUUUAUUUUCACUUCAUUUCUAUUUUCCUACGAAAAAAAAAUCCAAAAUUUGGUGGGUAAUUAAGAGUGCAAGUAAAGGGUGUUGGGUGAGAAGGAGAAAUGUGGUCGUCAUCCGGAAUUUCCAUCAAAUCCAAGUAUCUUAUAAAUAUGCAGCUGAGAAAAGAGUCGUCCUUUUUUUAAGCCUUCGUUUCCGCCUUUUAUCUCUAACCGCUCUCAAAAAAAAGCUUGUAAUUUUGCUAAAAACCAAAAUUAUGUCUGACUCCCCAAAAUUUAGUUAUCUUUUCAAUAUGUGACAACCGUUUUGAAUUUCCCGGAAUCACUUUGAACACGGUAGGCGAAAACUUCUCAAAGUUUGUUAGUUUUUUCUUUCUCGAAGUUCUGUAUUCACAGUGAAUUUAAGAACGAGCAGACAUUCAUAAUAAUAUGAAAAUUUAACGAACUCGAAGCCUAAGCCAGUAGUUGAUCAAGUUGAAAGCAUGGUCUUAUGGUUCUUCACCUUGUUCUUGUGCGCCUAAUUCAUCCAGUUGCGCUUUGAAAAGUUCAUAUUGUAGAGAAUGUUAUUUCGGACCCGAAUAUCGUUCUCUAGGUGAAACCAAAAAACGGAGAGCAACCAAGGCCAGAGAAGACUUUCCACGAGAAAGUGAUUUUUUUUUUUCAGAUAUUGGGCGAUUGUUCACCCUUUGCGCCGUAGACCAGGGAAACGAGCCACCGUCUCGAUCAUUGGCGGGAUCUGGGCUCUCGCCAUUCUUUGCGGUGUUCCGGCAUUCUUCAGUUCUAAAGUGUGUUUGAUAGUUUUUAUCGUAACCAAACUUCUUAGAAUAAAUAACGUUUGCCUCGGCGCAGGAGUUGCAAGUUAGGAGGUAAAACCUUCGUCCCGAUCUCAAAUAGGCUCACUAACCAGAAUUUUUCUUGAAACUUAUUUCAAAUUGACUCUGAAAGAAUUAAAAUUUUGGGUGGACGUCUUCUAUUUCUACGACGGCGAAACGCUUAACGAGAACCCUCUCUGUCUGGCUCAAAAUUUUCCCGACGGCAAGGGCGACGAGUCACUCUUCGGACACAUGUGAGUGUAAUUGUUACUAGGGUUCAGUACGAAAGAGAACACGGUCUCGUUAAAAAUAAAUAAGAAUUUUAAAGGAUUUCUGUUUUGGGUCAUGCAAAAUGAAUUAGUGAAAGUUUUGAACGAUUCGUUUUGGCAGAUACAACAACGGUCUGAUAGCUGUGCAAUACUUGCUGCCGCUGUGCGUUCUUUCGGCGGCCUACUACCGCGUCGGCGUCGAACUACGAAAGGACAAGUGUGUCGGAGAUGUACGCCACGCUAAGUCUAUCGCGGCCAAACGCAAGGUACAGAUUCUGUACUACAGAAAAUGGCAUUCAUGAAAAUUUUGACUCUAAAGUUACGUUUCUCAGGCACAAGAACUGAAAAAUAGUUUUUUCUAGCUUCCGUGUCUACCACCUUCAAUUUAAUUUCAUGUACAUUUUACAAAUUUACCAAACAAAAAAAAUAGAGAAGUGAGGAGCCUCAAAAAUUGGCUGUAUAUCUUUAAAAAUAUCCAUCCAGUUCUCUUUUUAUCAUCUUCUAGGCCUCUUUCAUGCUCGCCGUGGUUGUCUUCAUCUUCAUUGUCGUCUGGCUUCCUUACAACGCCUGGUACCUCACGUUGCACUUUCUGCCAGCUGAGAAAAAAAUUGUAAGCAAAAUUUUCUCAGUAAGCUUUUCAUUCGGUUUUCAGUUGUUUCUGUACAUUUACAUCAACAUUUAUUGGCUGGGGAUGUCGUCGACAGUUAUCAACCCAAUUAUAUACUACUUCAUGAACCGAAAGCGAGUUUCUUUUUUCUACAUUUUCUUAUUAUUGCGAAAAAUUCAACGGAAAAUUAGACAAAAAAAGGCUUGUGCCAGAAUUUUUCUGAAGGCCUUUGACAUAGUCCUUCGUCGGUACUGGGAACGUUUUUGACGCAAAAGAAAACAUUGCUGAUCAGCCUAACGUACAAAUAGGAUGGUUUCGGGAAGAUACCUUUACUUGGGUUCUUCAAGGUUAAAAAAGGCAGCGAUGUGGCUUUUGACUUUCUAUUACAUGGGAAUCGACUAGUCAGGGUUGAGUUUUCCAGAUUUCGCGUUGGAUUCCACUACGCGUUUCGUUGGCUUCCGUUUGUCAACUCGAGUCGCGCCGAAUACGUCGCGAUUCUGUCGCAAACGCGACCGUCCCUUCUGCCGCCAACAACUGCUCACACAACCGACUUUUGA